CCUCCGCAAGUACCUCGCUUUACCCUCAUGGCGCUGAAGUUUCUCGGGCGAAGUAGCGACACGAAGUGUCAUUACUGGGACUACUCAUUUUACUGGACAGACCUUCACCAGACCGCAGAAGAGCUUCAUCCAAUGAUUCACACCUAUGAUCGUCUUGCGGACGAAUGUGUGGAGAUCUUGAAUGGGCUGCCGGCCAGCUCAGGUCAGGAACAGCCCUUUCGGAAGGAUCUUUAUGGUCUACUGAAAGCCCAUGCCGACGAACACCCGAAGCUGAAGCAGUUGUGGGAUGAGGUCAAUACUGUCCCGGACUGGGUCGACUGGGAGCAGAUCCAGCGAGCACAGGACGUCUUCUUUCGAUAUGGCCUUCCCAUAUUGAAUGUUCUCGGGUUUGAGAGUCUUCUUGGUGGCAUGGGAGCAAAGCGUGUCGUUGAGACCCUCGCUCGCACUGGCGGAUUUAACGCUAACGCAGUCCGGCGGCGACUCCUUGAGACCCUUCAGCAUGUUCUCCAAGUGAAUGACUCGGUAGACGCUCUGAAACCUGGUGGUGAAGGUCACAUUUCCUCCAUCCGAGUUCGAUUGUUGCAUGCCUGUGUGCGAAUGAGAAUUUUGAGACUGGUGGAUGAAAGACCUGAGUACUACGACGUCGUCCAAUAUGGGAUACCCAUCAACGAUUUGGACUGCAUCGGUACAAUCAACACAUUCUGCAGCUCGGUGGUCUGGAUGGGUCUUCCUCGGCAGGGCGUCUAUCUCAAGCAGCAAGACAUUGAGGACUACACUGCACUAUGGCGCUUAGUCGCUCAUUACGUGGGAGCACCAACUGAACCUUUUGAGAAUACUAAAAAGGCACGGGCAAUGAUGGAGUCUCUGCUUGUUUCGGAAAUUCAUCCUACCGAGACUGGUCGAACCCUUGCCAAGAAUAUCAUCAUUGGUCUGGAAAACACAGCACCGUCGUUCGCCUCCAAGGAAUUUCUGGAAGCACUGAGCCGUCUCCUCAAUGGUGAUCAGCUAUCAGACGCGCUCGAAAUCCCCCGGCCGACUCUGUACUACCGUGUGCUUAUAUGGGGCUACUGCGUUUGGGUGAACUUGGUAUCUGUUGUAAUACCUAAAUUCCCUUACAUGGAUCGCUACAUGAUAGAGGUUAGUGUAACCCUUACGGUAAAGAAAGAUUCUCAGAAGAUUACUGAUGGGAUCAAUCAGAUGCGUCGUCAGCGCUACCAGCGCGUUCUGAUGGAUGACAAACUCGGCCUUGGAGGCAUUGCUCGCUUUGAAUUCAAGUAUGUCCCAGCCCUCAACCGAAUCACUCGUCUGGGCCAGCGGAAAACGAAUAUGAUCAAGCGUCCUGGACUCGAGAACCUGGGACAUCUGGGACUCAUGUUUGCUUCCGGCGCGGCGUUCACUCUAGGUAUAGCCGUGGUUUUUGCUGCUAGACUAGUGUCAAUAAGCUCAUUCCUUUGA